UCGCCCAUACGUCAUAAACAGCAGUAUCGUGGGAUCUGUAAAGAAGAGAGAGAGAAAAAAAAGCACCCACGACGAAAUUACCGGUUUAUCUUCCCCCGAAUGAUGCCGCGGUGCUUGUGCAUGCGGGCUCAGCCUAAUAUGAAAUUCAAUUAUUCACCCGACUCUCCAUGCAUACCAUUAUCGAAACCAAAAACCAAACGAGAGAGAACGACAUCAACAACAAAAGAACACCCUGGCACGACAGUUGGGCGGACAAAAACGAGCGUCGCGUGUCUUUAAGCUAUUUUCUUCCUGAACCAAACCGUACCGUACCGUCGUCUUGCUGCGACAGCGAACAGGUUCGGCGGUGUUUGGGUGUUCGAAUCCAUUCGAAGCGUUGGAAGAAUGAGCCGGUGCGGGUUGAUCGUCACCCUGCUGGUCGGUGUGCUAGGGGUCGGGUCGCACGCGGCCCUGCCAGCCAACGAGAGCCGCCGCAUCGACGUCGAGUUUUACAGCGUGCGCACCAACCGCACGUUCAAAUAUCCGACCGUUUCGCUGCGCCCGUUCGGACCGAACCGGCCCAAGUUCGCGAUCCGGGACAAUCGGUGCGAGUGCGCCGACCUCACGUGCACGUGCUGCGCCGGGCUGCGCAUGGAGCGGCUCGAGUUCGAUCGGCUGUUCUGUUCCGCCUUCACGUACGUGCCGUACGAGUUCGCGAUCGAUCUGGAGGUGCUGAUGGACGCGGAACCGAUCUACCGCAGCUCCCUGUCGGCCAAGAAUCCGCCCCCGCUCUGCCUGCCGGUGCCGAUCCCGUACGUGCCGCUGAACGCGAACCUCUGCCUGCGCCUGUUCGACGUCUACACGCCCCGCCAGAACCUGCACCUCUGCCUGGACGUGGAGGCGCGCGUGUGGACCAACCCGCUGCUGAUACUGCAUUUCGAAUGUAUGCGGCUCGGUGCGGACGGGCUGGUGUGGCUCAAGCCGGCCGACGGCGACGGGUUCGGGCCGCCGGACCCACCGCACAUCGACACCUACGACGAAGUGACGGAAGAAAGACUCGGCUCAAUUUAGCUAGCCCUGGCCCCGCCAACUGCGGGUUGCAUCGGUGGGGAUAGAAAGGGGUGGGGAUGGGGCCGAACGGUCACCGACGAGGUGGUGCAAAUGCAUUGGGUCACCGCUCGCCCCAUCACCACCCUUCCCCAGCUCCCACUGCAUCUCUAUUCCAAUCAGAUUAAAAUUACAAGCGAACAAAUUUUGAUACAAAAA